AUUUAUUUUACAGAAAUGCUAACACAAAAUUUCUAUGAUUUAAGAGGAGGCGAUAAGUUGAGCAGCAAUAAUAGAUAAUUGGAGAGGUAUGAGAAAUUGGAAAAAAUUGGAGAAGGAACCUAUGGUGUUGUUUAUAAGGCCCGUGAUUCAGUGACAAAAGAAUUAGUGGCUCUUAAGAAAAUCAAGCUCGAAAAUGAAGAUGAGGGUGUUCCCUCCACUGCUAUGAGAGAGAUAUCAAUUUUGAAAGAACUUCAACCUCAUCCAAAUAUUGUGGGUUUGAAAGAGGUCAUUUAUUAGCCUAAUGAGAAGAAACUCUAUUUAGUUUUUGAAUAUGUUGAAAUGGAUUUUAAAAAAUUCCUUGAUUAAAAUAAACACAAUCUCACAAUUAGUUAAAUCAAACAUUUCACAUUCUAAAUCUUGAAUGGUCUCAAUUAUUGUCACUCUAGACGAAUCAUUCACAGAGAUCUAAAACCAUAGAAUAUUUUAAUUGACAAAUCAACAGGGAUCAUCAAAUUGGCAGACUUUGGUUUGGCAAGAGCCUUCGGUGUUCCAAUAAAAACUCUGACUCACGAAGUCGAGACUCUCUGGUAUAGAGCUCCUGAGAUCUUAUUAUCCUAAAAAUAAUAUUCUUUGGGAGUUGAUAUCUGGUCUGUCGGAUGUAUUCUCACAGAAAUGGUUGAAAAACAUGGACUCUUCUGUGGUGAUAGUGAAAUCGAUUAGAUCUUUAAAAUUUUCUAAUAUCAUGGGACACCCACUGUCCAAGAUUGGCCAAACAUCGCCGAUCUACCUGAUUUCAAACCUACAUUCCCUCGUUUCAGAGCAACACCGCCAGAACAAUUUUUUAAGAACUUUGAUAAGGUUGGCUUAGACUUGGUUACCAAAAUGAUAGCUUUGGAUCCAGCGAAACGAAUCUAUGUUAAGGAGGCGAUGAAGCAUCCAUUCUUCGAUGAUUUAAACAAGGAGGACAUUGUCAAGUAUUUUCCUCCAGGAUAACAAAACUUGGCUAUGCAGUAUGGAAAAUGA